AACAACUUCCGUUAAGAGUAACAUGGCGGAACAACAAGGGGAUAGUUUUUUUGAGUUUUCGCCAGACUUCAUCACCAAGACAUGGUUAGGCAGGCUAAAAUGCGUAGAGUUGUUGUUUACACUUUUGGCUGGUGCCUGUGGCUCAUCAGUUAAUUCGUGGAUUUACAUUAAUGGCAGUGGGUAUGGAUGCGGUUGUGUUGGAAAACUUACCUUCUUCGAUUUCGUCGCAUGGACCGCGUUCGUAAACGCUCUCAUCGACAUAAUUCUCCAUCUGAUUGGUUUUUGGGAAAAGCUACUGUGGUUUUUCCGCCAUCCUGUCCUAUUCCUAGUUCUUUGUGGGCUGGCUGUUUUGGGUUUCUUAAUUGGCUCAUCGCUGACAGCUUCGUGUGCAAAACAUAUUUGUGUUACAAGUCCAAGCACCGCAGGUGCAGCCACCUUUUUCGGUUUCGUCUGCUUGGCUCUGUUCGCUGUGGAGUUCUUCAUGCACUUUCAAGUGUACAGGGAUAUGAAACAAGAGACACCGCAUCCUUCUUCAGCUGCAGGCAUGGCACCAGAUUACAUAGAACCACCCCCAGCUAACCCAUAAAACUACCAGCGGUGUUGUUCAUUUGAGUGGUUAAGACUUCCUAUUUGUUCACAACCAGUACUAGUUCUUCUGUUUGCAGUUUUAUAUCAUUGUUUUAUUCAAGGCUGAAAAUUACGCAAGUUUUAGAGUGAGAUAGAUUGGUCAGGCCUCGAGAAAGACUUCAACUCUAACGAGCAACGUACUCUGCGACAAGUUCUGUCUGCGUCCUUAAAUACAGCCUUGCACUCAAUUAGAUUCCUAACUCCCUGUACUAAUAUUAUAUAACCUGUUUUGGGAUCGAUAUUUUUACAAAUGCUUAUGGACUCACGUAUCUUUUUAAGGUAAGCUGAAACUGCUGUUUUAGAGAUAAUCGAUCGACGAUUUAAUUAAUUGAACUGCGAUUUACAACCUACCAACACCCUCUUUUAUCAAGAGAAAGCAAAUUAAGGUGUGUCUGAUCUGCUAUGUACUUAACUAAUUAAACCACUUAACCUUUUAACUCCCAGAUCAAAUUUGUAAUUCUCCUUACAGUCCACCAUACAAUUCUUAGAAUGUUAGUUCAGGGAAUUUAGUAUUGGGUCAACUAAUUAUCCCCAAAUUGAUAUUUGUCUUUAUUCUCAUCACUUAUCUGGUUGAUAUUGCAUUGAUAUAGAAGGGAAAAAUUCUGUCUUGAUCACUCAUGGGAGUUAAAGGGUUUAAUGGCUGUUGAUGUCUGGCAGCCUUUAAACUUUAAUUACAAAAUGACUUGAGAAACUCCAUAAUUAAGAGGGAAGUUUUUGAACCUGUGGCAUUUUUCUAAAGGUAUUGAUCUCACAGAAUUUUCAAAUUUGUGGGGAGGACAAAGGUUCAUGGCCAGGCUGAUAAACCCUUAAACUCUCAGCUUCUGAUUCUCCUUUCUCCCUGCCACAUAUUACUUUGUAAACUAUUAAAGAGAAUUUGUUGUUAUAAGGGUAGUAUGCUCUUGCUGAAGAGUCUGUAUUUUCUGGAGAUGUAAUCAGAGUUCUUAAGUUAAUUUGCUGGGGUGAGACACCUCAGGCCUC